AUGUCCGAUCUUAACACCCCCUAUUCUAAAGCCCUACGUUACAUCUCCCAUAUGCGCUUCCACCGCCGUUUUCACUAUGGCGAUCUCACUAUCACAUACGCGGACAUCGGGCGCGCCGGCGACACCACCAUAUUAUUCAUGCCGGGGAUGUUCGCGUCUCGAUAUCUCGCUAUUCCGAUGCAUGCGAUUGCAGAGAAUCUGGGAGUGCGCGUCCUUCUUGUUGAUCGCUUUGGAAUGGGCAACUCCACCAACGUGCCUAUUGAAAAAAGAGUCUCUGCCUGGUUGGAUUUAGUUCCUCGACUACUGGACCAUCUUCAUAUUGAUCACGUCGCGUUGGUAUCUCAUAGUUCGGGGACAAUUUAUUUGCUAAACACACUAUAUUAUUGUCGGGGAGUACUGCAUCCCAAACGACCAUAUGUUGCUCUCUUUGCUCCUUGGGUCAACCCAUCCCAUUCGCACGUCAUAUCCAUGCAACUAGCACAGUUCCUACCUGCCAAGGCAUUCAGCGUAUGGAACCGGGUUCCACGAUUCAUGCUCCUUAAGGCCGCGCCGGUAAUGGCGUCCAGCGGGGCUGUGAUUGCCAAGGUGUCGGGACUAGUAUCUAGCGAAAUAUUUCGUAGUGAGUCGUGGGUAGAGAAGAAUCGACGUCGAAUAGAAGAAAAGCACGGGUUGGAAUAUUCCGUGCAGACGGAGUUGGAACCAUUAAUAUAUCAGUUUUUAUUUGAGGAGAGCACUGAAGGAGCAAAUUUAGAAGCUCUGCAAUGUUUACAGAAAGGGCCACCAGGUUCAUGGGGGAAGUGUGAGGAUUACAGGGAGUUUGUGAGAGAGUUGGUUGAGUUAGAAAGGCGGGGAGGCAGAUGCAUCAGGGAGAGUGUGAGGGGGAAGUUAGUGGUGCGGGCGUACUUUGCAGAGAGUGAUGCUAUGAUUGGGAAGAGGGGACAGCUAUAUGUCGAGGAGUGUUGGAAGGGAAAAGUUAAUGGCGAGUUCCUUGAUGUACUGGAUUUCGAGACCAGAACUGUCCUUGGGUCGGAUCAUGACACUGUCUCUCUGCAUACUGAGACCUUAGAGAGGGUGUUUCUGGAAUCAGCAGGCCGUUUAGCGGAAUAA